AAUGAGGUGACGUCACUUCUGUGCGGUGCAGGAGCCAGUUCGUGCACCGCGCGGCCGGCGCGGCGCACGAGACUCUCCCUAAAAUUUAUCUAGGCACUCGACGUGCGACUCGACGCGCCCAGCGACUCUGCGAGUGAGCAAAGUCCACAGCCUUCAGAGGUUGCGAUAUUCGCACCGGUUCUGCUUGGCGGCCGUGGGAAUGGAUUUUGAAAGCCCCGACGUCGAGAAAGACUUUCCAGGCCUUUAUGCGUCCGAAGCGGUUGGGAAAGGACAGGAGCGCGAUGUCACCUAUAGUGACGAUGAAAAGGUUUCAAAAAAGGAACUCCUAAUUGGCAAGCUCAAGGAUAAAAAGGACAAGAAGGACAAGGGAUAUGUUGCAUUUGAAGGAGAAAGCUCGGAAGAAGAAAUGGAUGAGUCACGAGGCAAGAACAAAAAGAGUAAGGCUCCAUUCAAGUUUCCUGGAAAAGAAAAGAAAGAGAAAGCUCAGAAGAACAAGGAAAGUGUCAAGUCAAAGGACUCCAAAGAAGCCAAGAAGGAUGCUGAGAAGGACAACAAGGACUCAAAGAAGAAAAAGGAGAGCAAAGUGAAGCUUGUCAAGAAAAAGAAGAAGGCUGAAAAGGCUGAGGAUCCCAUUUUUGGCGUUCCCUUGGCGACUGCGCUUGAAAAGAACCCGUCUGACGACGGCAUUGAGUUGCCUGCUAUUGUGCGAGAGUGCCUUGACUACAUUGAAGAACAUGGCCUGACCUGUGAGGGCAUCUACCGAAUGUCUGGUGUCAAGUCGACCGUGCAGCAGCUCCGGGCGGCCUACAACCGGCACGAGCAAGUAUGCCUGAGUGAGCACGGGCCGCAAGUGGUGGCCAGCCUGCUGAAGCAGUUCCUCCGUGAGCUGCCUGACCCUGUGCUCACCAGCGAGCUGGGCCCAAAGUUUGAGGAGGCUGCUGCCAUCAAGGAUGAGACCAGACGAGUGGAAACAAUUCAGAAGCUGAUUGAGCAGCUGCCCACCCCAAACCGGCUCCUUCUGUCGUGGGUGUUCGUGCACAUGACUAAUGUUCUCCGCAUGGAGAAGCACAACAAGAUGAACCUGCAAAAUGUCUCCGUUGUGCUGAGCCCAAGCAUGCAGAUCAGCCACAGGGUUCUCCAUGCUUUGUUCUCCCAUGCACCGAUAUUCUUCAAGGAUGUGAAAAUCAUCAAAUACGUGAAGAAGAUCCCACCUGAUUCGUCGCGCCAGUCUCUGGAUCUGCCGGAGACACCGGCAGCCAUAGAAGAGGAGCUGAGCCAGCAGGAGCAGGUGCUGAGUGAAAUACACGCCGAGCUCAACGCGGGCCUUCGUGAUCCCCAGAAGGAAGAGCAGCUCUGGGAGGUGCAACGCGUUGUGACGCAGCUCAAGCGCAAGUUGCGUGUCUUGAGACAAGUGAAGAAGGUUCCCGUGGAGGCCACACAGGCUGACUCCAUUGAGAAGAUCGACACGCGCCUUCGAUUACCAGCGGCCGUAGAACCAACGCCACCACAGCCGCCACCCGAAGCCACAGCGACGCCAGUCGUCGCUCCGCCUCCUCCUGCCGAACCAGCCCCAACAAAGGAUCCUGCCAUUGAACAUCCGAAAGCCACAAUGACCACGUCUGUUCCUAAUAGUCAAGUCCAAGCCACCGAAGUUCCAGACGUUUCCGAAAUGGAGAAAGUUGUCCCAUCAAUUUCCCAGCAACCUGUCCCAAAGGUGGUACGAGCGAUACCGGCAACUUCUUUGCAAGAACCAGUCAGGGUUCAUCAGGAGGAUGUCAUCGGCAGUGGAGAGAUGCAUGCUACUGGUGACAUCAAGGAGGAUGGAUAUGAGAAGGCUGUGACUGAAGAAACUGUGCUGGAUGAAGCCACGGCGGAAAUCCUGGCGGCCCUGCGCCCCAAGCCUCCCGAGGAAGAGACUGACCCCGAGAUGCAGCAGCUGCGUCGUGAGGAGCUCGAGCUGCUGAUGCAGCAGGAGGAGCUGCUGUCACUGGGCGACGAGCUGCGCCGCAAGAUCGCUGCGGAGCGCACUGAGGCCGAGCGCCUGCGCAGCGAGAUUGACGAGUACGAGAAACUGGCAAAGUACAAGCAGUACUCUGUUGAGUCAGCUGAUGGUAGCAGCUCUGGAACUGAAGGAAGCGAGAGUGAUGGUGAAGUUGAACUUAAACAAGAACUCUGUCAGCUGAUGGAAGAAAACAAGCAUCUCUCGGAGCAAGCAAUGGACCUGAGCCAGAAGAUUCUGAAGGAACGGGAGGCCUGCGUCGAGAUCAAGGUCAAGAUUCGCUUGCUCCAAAACGACGCCAAGAUGCUGAAAGUCUGACCAGGCCAGUCACUCUCUCACCAUAGGGUGAAACUCUGAACAAGGGAUGGCCAUGCCGAUCCCUGCUGUCAGAAUCAUUUGUACUACUGCCAAAUGUCUCACAAAAAUUCAUUCCACUAAUUUUUCACACCUUGACCUCCUCUCUCUUGUUUUUGUGUUUGCGUUGCAGCCUGUUUCGCUGCCCUCUCUGUGUGCUGUGAGUCAAAAUCAUUCUCAACUUGUAUGCGUGGUUAGCACCGGUGCAAAUACAGAAAGAGGAGAAAAAAAGCUUUUGCUAAUGCAUAUUAGCAUAACUGCAUUAACACAUUACCAUGACAGAAGCUGGAGGCAGCAGUGCAGCUAACGUCUCGCUACUACACAGUGCUUGACUGUACUGCAUGCAUCCUCUUUCUGCAUGCUCUCACAUAGAGCUUUGGCCAUGACGAAAACCUCCCAAUGCCAGAAUAAGAAGGAAAAGUUGUUGUCCAGUUUGAUACUGGGCUUUUUGUGCUUGUGGUAUUUUGCUAAAACUGUAAUGCUAAAAUGCAUGUGGUACCAGCUAACCCUCUAUUUACUUCCCUCAAAUACAACCAGUUCCCGAACUUUUCCGUGCGCUAAGCUUGUAACAUGCUGUUCAUCGCUGUUUUUCUCAUUCUUGUAGCGUUUGUACAAUUAAUGCAUGUACCGACAGUUCACUUUGACUGACGUGCGCGCCUAAUUGAACGGUGUUCUUUUGAAUAUGUGUAAUGCCUUGUAACGUUCCGUUUAUUGUUUUCAUUUUGUAGCGUUGUACAAUUAAGGCGAAGAGAAUAUGCACUAUCCAGUUUAAUUCAAAUUAUGUAUGCGCCUACCCGAAAUUGCUUCUUUUGAUUAUGUAUUUUACCCCCUUUCCUGCAACACCCUCAAAUGAGAGGCUAGCAGUAUGUUCAAAUAAUAAAUAAAAUGACUUUUCCUAAAAAGCUGAAAUUAAUAGUUCUGUGCAGGGAGAAAAUCCAGUUGCAUCAGUGAUGCUGAAGGUAUAUGCAUGAAGAUUUAUUGGUACAUUGUUGUAGUUGUUGCUUGCCUUGCAUUCUCUUUUGCAUACCCAGUAGUUGCCAUUCUGGCUUUGCAUGGCAAGUGUGCUUGUGAUUUAAAGCUAGUAAACAUAGCCUAAAGACUCGGCACAUUUUGAACGUGUACUUUGGUCAGAAUCGCCCCAUGUAAUGAAAACUUUCGUGAUAGCAACAUAUAAUGUUCAUGCAAUGUCUACGUUGUUUGGUGGCUCAUCACUAGGAAGCGCGUUUCAAACCAAACGAUAACUUGGGCAUCGUUAGUUCAAGUGAUCGCACUUUGUUGCUUUGCUGCUUGUUGUGAUAAGGUAACUUGUUGUGAGAAAUUCCAUCUUGAGGAUAUAGGAGAUUUUUUAGUGGUAGUGGAGUGAUCUCUUCUCUAAAUUAAAUGAAAAAGAAGCAUGGGUCCAACCAUGCUUUUUACUCUAAUACGCAUUGCAUUGUCAUCUUUCUACUAUAGCGGCAUUCUAAAAUAAACCGAAAAUAAAAAUUAAGAGCAAAUUCAGUGGAGCAAUACCGUCUUUACCAACCAGCAGAUGUUGCUGUGGAGCUGCUGAGAAUAUGCACUGUAUGUCUCGUAUUUGCUUCAACAAAUCUCAUCUUUUUUGUAUUGGAGUGUUUGCAAGAAGCAACCCUUCAGAGACUUUAGGCUGUAUUGUGUUGUUUUGUUCCUGUCCCUGUAAGAGAUCUCUCUGACAUUGAUGCUAGGUAGUUUCUUUCCACAUUUCUGCGUUUGGUUUCUCGCCAUUGGAUUGGAAUUGAAACAUACACGAGGACUAAUCUUGCAUAGAUGCCAGCGCCGCUGUGUUUGUCGUUUGGUCACGAAAGCACGUGUUAGCAGUGAAUAUAAUUAGUACUUAGUUUAGCUAAUUGCAGUUGCAGCAUUGUAGUCCUACAACUCGAACUUAACGUGAGCAGAGGCAGCUUGCCGAGUACUUGCUGUGCUGUACAUAGGGGACAGUAUCACGCACAUUUCAGCUAUGAUCGAUUGCAGUUUCCACUGAUUUGAAAUAGGGAGAUGUGAGAGAAAAAUAAUGUAGACGUCAUACUGUUAUUAGUAGAUUGUUCUAAAUGCUUGAGUAUUAGAAUGGUGAAGCAUGCACACUUGUUAGGAACUGCAAUACCAUUGCCAACUUUUUAGGUAUGCCUUAAUUUUGAAAACCUGUGACCGAAUUCAUAUCCCGCAAUGACCCACAUUGUUUAAAGAACACUUUUUGGAAAAAUUGUAGGCAGCAUGCUCUUGCAGAUGUGGCGACAGAAAAUCUGUUGCUAUAUAGUCUGGCUUUCUACUUGUUGAACAGUGCUUGCCUUCAGUUCCACAUCAUCAUAUGCACUAAAGUUAUUGAUAAUGUUAGCCAAGGUUUCUUAUGGAGCCCACAGGUGAUUUUCGCUACCAUUGUGAUCUCAUGUAGUGCUGAAUCUGCCAGCGAAAUCGACAUUUAGUGUCAAAUAGCCAUCAGCAGGACUUAUUCUUCCUAUCCUCAAGGGGAUGCCCCCACAGAGCAACAUUGCCCCACCUCCCCCAAACCCUCAUGGGCUGCUUGUGUGUGUGUGUGUGCGUCUUUCUGAGAUUGGGGGGAGAGGGGUUCGGAUGCAUGUAUUGUUAUCCACAAGGGCGGGGGGUAGAGGGUAUUGGCCACCCCCUCACUACCAUUUGCCUUGGUUGCUUUCAAGCCCUGCAUACCACUUCUAAAACAAUGGUCAACUGUUCUCACUAAAAUGUAUGGUUGCUUCACAUGAUGGCAUCUCCUCAAGCAAGUUUGUGGGGCUCAGCCUGAUGGCUCCAGUAUGUUAGAUCUCGGCACCUUUCAAAAUGAAGGAGCAUUGCCUUCAGAAAAACAAUUUUUUUUUCCAGUUUAGUGUUCAGACUGCUGUACAAGCUAGUAUAUCUUGAUCACGGCUUCCACGCUUUUUAUGGUGUUGAUCAUUGCAGGUAGCAUGAAAUACAAGCCAAUACUUGGUCUCAGAUGAAAACUACACUUUCAUCAAUAAGUCCACACCAAUUUCUAGUUGCGUGCACCAGCCUGUCCUGUUUCUCAUCUCUGGCCAUGUAUACAAGGCUCCGGGAAUUCUGGAAAGCCUAUUGCGACUGCAUUUAUUUAUUUAUUACACCUUUAAAGGAGUUAGUAGGGUGGAGAAAGAGUCUCAUUCAUAUUCUGCUUGUCGCUUCAACAAAGGCUUUCAACUUAGCUUGUUUCGUGUUUUUAGGCCAUUGUGUACAAGUUGGUUGCAAGACAUGUUCUUCCAAGCAUGGUUUGUUGAGUGUGCAUAUAGUUUAUGAUGGACUGGAUGUUAAUAAAACUGUGUUUGUAAAUACA